UUUUUAAAGGAUCGCUAUAUAUUGAAGCGCAUACAAUUGAAUUUUUGGAUUGAUAUAGUUCGAUCUUUUAUUCAAGAUCGUUUUUUGAGUUUAUGUUCAGAUAAUGUGCAGCCAAUGAAACUGUCCUCCCGACAUCAGAAAAUGGCGACUCAAUGGCGGGUGAAAACACUGUUCUACUCUCAAGUGAUGCGACUCAACGAGUCGGAUUAUCGAAAUUCGAAGAUAUUCUAGUAUACGAUCCGUCAUACGAGUCUGCGCAUGCGCAUAUGCGCAUACGCCACAUUUUCUCGAUGUCGCUUGGUUAUUAUGUCGCAUGUGACUUUCGACAGACGCGAAUCGAACUACAAGUUGUGAAGCCAGGCGUUCUGAGGCCAAUGUCGUGGAAGGCCGUCACACUCGUCCAUCAACGAUCUAACCGGUGUUUCAUGAGUCUCGACAGAGUAAGCGCACCUUACUGUUCGCCGAUUACGAGCGAUCGCAUUUGUCGACCACGCAACAAACAUUACGGACGCGCUGUCUCUUCGCUACGAUCUAUAUCCGACGACGAAAGGGACGCUGCUCGAUCGUGGAUGCCUACACCGAUGGUGUAG